UGAAAACCUGGUAGAGAACAGCUGCAAUAUCCAGCAUCAACAAGUGAAGACAGAAUUAUGGAUGAUGGAGCUAAGUUUGUUGAAACUCUAAAGCGGACAGGAUAUUUAAAGGCAAAUUCACUUAACGGAGAAGACUUUGACUGGUUAUUUGAAACUUUGGAAGAUAAAUCAUUUUUGGAGUGGUUCUGUGGAGCUUUGAAUGAGCAUAAUGUAUUAUCUGAAGAAGAGUUGCAGUCAUUUAACACUCUCCUAAAAUCAUCAAAACCAAUUUUAGGAGAAGAAGCUCUCAGUGAAGUUCUUAAAAUUUCCAAGCCUCUGGAUAUGAACACUGACAAUUGUGAGGAAAAAGAGGAAACUCUUAAAAUGUUAGAAAAUGAAUUUCAAGAUCUUAAAAAGAUUAAACAGGUAAAGAUUCAUCGUCGUAACAAGCUUCAAAUCAUGGCUUCAGCUAAUAGUUUUAUCUCCCUAAAAAUUAAAGAAAGAGGUGAGGAAGGACUUAAAAUCCUGAAAGAUAGUCAAAGGAACUUUACAGCCAUGAAUAUAAAGAUAAACAAUGAGCUUCAGACCCUAACUGAAGGAGUUAAGAAACUUGCUUCUUUUUUUGCUGUUGCAGCUGGACAAGACCUGGAUUCUCUUCCUGUGCUGCUAACUCAACUUGCUUUAGAUAAUUAUUUGUAUCAAGAAGAACAAAGCACCGGAGCUCUUACUUCAUAUACAAAAAAACAGUUUUUCCAGGGUAUAUCUGAAUUGGUGGAGAGUUCUAAUGAAGAAAAUUUCCAACUUGUACAUAUAAGUAAGUCUUCCAGUUGUGAGGGAAGCAGUGAUAUAUGUGAUGAAAGAUCAGAACUGGCUAGAUUGCAAAUGGCAUAUAUUUGUGCUCAGCAUCAAUUAAUUCAACAGCAAGCAAAGAACCUAAGUAUGAGAUCGGGUCUUCAGUGGGCAGAGAAGAGUAUAGGUACUUUAAAAAAGAUUCAUGGAAAAGAAAAAUUUGAAGCUAAAAUUUCUAGCUUGAAUAAUGAUAUUGCAAAAAUAAAAACAGAUUUAUCACAAAUAAACAGUGGAACCCUAUCUUUGCUGAUUAAGGAGAAUGCAGAGCUGUUGAAUAUGCCUGUGGUUAAAGGGGAUUUUGAUCUACAAAUUGCUCGACAGGACUACUAUACAUCAAGGCAGGAUCAGAUUUGUAACCAGCUGAUCAAACAGAAGGCAUCAUUUGAAUUUCUUCAAUUGGCAUAUGAAAUUGAAUUUCGAAAACUUAGGGAAAAUAGCCGUCUGCUGGAAAAUAUGGUGCAAGACCUGAAAUUAAGCAAUGACAUUUUAGUGCGGACAAUAGAAACAGUGUCUGAGCCUUCUAUAUCCCUUCCUAGGACACAAAGUAGCACUGUUGAGUCAAAGAACAUUGCAGCACAUAGGAUGUGCCAACUUCUGGAAGGAAGGAAUCCAAAACAAUUAUUUACAACAUAUGAAAGGCUUGAGGAGAUGGCUGAAAAGUUACAUUUGGAUUCAGUAUCAAUGUUUGACCAGUUAGUGAUAGCUGGCCAAGGACAAAGUCUUCUUUUGUCAAAGAUGGAUGCUGAUUUAACAAUUCUUCAUGAUUCAAUAUACUGCAAAGAAGAAAGUGUGUGUCUUAGUAAUCAGGAACUGUCUGAACAGUUUCAGCAGUUGGAAUUCCAGUUGAAUAAAAUAAAUCAACUUAUUAUGGAUUUUCUUGCUGAUAUAAAAGCUAAGAAGAAGGUCUUGGAAAAUAAUAAAGUACAGGAGAUGGAAAGAAAACUCUGCUUGUUCUUCUUCAACAAUGAAGAACGUCUGAAAAACAUUGUGGAAAGAUUGGAGCAACAAGUUGAGGCUCAACCCAACCCUUAAAGAUUAUGUGUUAAAUUAAGAAUGGUUUUUUUUGGGGGGGUGUUUAGAUUAUUCAAUUUUUUUGCAUUGAAUUUUAAUGGGCUAUUGUUGCAGCACCAGAAAGUUUAAAGGAAAUUAUGAAGCCACCUCUAUGAGUCAAUAGUUAUUUGGCGAACUAGAUAAACUAUAUUCUUGAGUUGAAAGACAAAAUAUAAUCUGGGAAAUAUUCUCAUAUGAAAAGAUAAAGACUUCCUAGGUUUCUUACACCAAGUAGGGGGAAUGUGUAGAACUUCAGUUCAUUAGUCAAUAGUUUUUCCAUUGUUUUUUAAUCCUUACAUUCAGUAUAUUGAUGAGUAACAUUUUAUCCUAAUUUGGUAAAUAUUCCGAACUACCUUCCUCAACCUGAUGCUUUCCCAUAGUAUAAUUAGGGGAGUUGUAGAUUAGGACAGCAGGGGAAUAUUGUGCUAUGAAGAGCUAUUCUAUAGGAUGAUUAAACUUGCAUUUCUGUACCCAAUACUACUUGGUGUUUGUAUGCUACACCCUUCUGCCCCACGAAACUCCCUUAGUAUUCAUUUAUAUUCAGUUGUAAUCAUUAAUUUUAGUACCAGACUUAACAAAGCUGAAGAUAAAAGCUUUCCAUGUCUUUCAGAUUAGAUUGUAAAUAUUGGUCCUAUCAGAAAGUUGAGUUUUGUAGCUGAAACAUGUAAGCUUCAAAUAAAUUUU